GCUGUGUUUUCGGAUGUACGCAUGCGCUCGAGCCACUAGGCAUGUUGUGAAAGAUUCCAGUGAACGAAUGUUGCCGGUAGAGUAACCUACUCGAUCUGUUUCGAAGAUGUCUGCUUCACGCACAAUAAUCUGUUUACUGCGAAAUGAUUUACGUCUUCAUGAUAACGAGGUUCUUCACUGGGCCCAGAAGAAUGCGGACCACAUAGUUCCACUCUACUGCUUCGACCCUCGUCGCUAUUUGGGGACAUGCAACUUCAAUUUCCCCAAAACAGGCCCUUUCCGCUUGCGGUUCCUACUUGAAAGUGUUAAUGAUCUUCGGGCCUCUCUGAAAAAGAGAGGAAGCAACCUUGUGGUGCGUCGUGGAAAACCAGGCCAGGUGGUUGAGGACCUCAUCAAGCAGCUUGGCUCUGUCUCAGCGGUUGCCUACCAUGAAGAGGUGACUCAAGAGGAGCUGGAUGUGGAGACGCAGGUUAAGGAGGUCUGCUCAAGAAAUCAGGUCAAAGUUCAGAGCUUCUGGGGAUCCACGCUUUAUCACAGACAAGACCUGCCUUUUAAUCACAUCAGUAGGUUGCCGGAUGUUUACACCCAGUUCCGGAAGGCGGUGGAGGCCCAGAGCCGGGUGAGGCCCGUGCUCCCCACAGCUGCCCAGCUGAGGCCCCUUCCCACGGGCCUGGAGGAAGGGCCGGUCCCUACCUACCAGGACCUGGAGCAAACAGAGCCCGUAGCUGAUCCACGUUCAGCCUUCCCCUGUAGUGGAGGAGAGAGUGAGGCCUUGGGCCGACUGCAGCACUACUUCUGGGACACGGAUGCUGUGGCAACGUACAAGGCAACUCGAAACGGGUUGAUCGGAGCUGAUUACUCCACUAAAUUCGCACCAUGGCUUUCCAUGGGCUGUAUAUCUCCACGAUACAUUUAUGAACAGAUCAAGAAAUAUGAGCGGGAGCGAACAGCCAACGAGAGCACGUACUGGGUCAUCUUUGAACUACUUUGGAGAGAUUACUUUAGGUUUGUGGCUCUGAAGUUUGGGAACAGACUAUUCGAUUUGAAAGGUCUACAAGAUAAAGAUGUACCAUGGAAGAGUGACAGGAAACUCUUUGAUGCUUGGAAAGAGGGACGUACAGGAGUGCCGUUUGUGGAUGCCAACAUGAGGGAGCUGGCCCUGACCGGUUUCAUGUCCAACAGAGGCAGACAGAACGUGGCCAGCUUCCUCACCAAGGACCUGGGCCUCGACUGGAGGCUGGGGGCAGAGUGGUUUGAACACCUACUGGUGGACCAUGAUGUGUGCAGUAACUAUGGCAACUGGCUGUACAGUGCGGGAAUAGGAAAUGACCCGCGAGAGAACAGGAAGUUCAACAUGAUCAAGCAGGGCCUGGACUAUGACAACAAUGGAGACUACGUGAGGCAGUGGGUACCUGAGCUUCGGGGUAUUAAAGGUGGGGACGUCCACACGCCAUGGACCCUGAGCAGCGCGGCUCUGUCACACGCCCAGGUGUCCCUCAACGAGACCUACCCGACACCCGUCGUCAUGGCACCAGAGUGGAGUCGCCAUGCCAACAAGAAACCGGCUGGUGGAGGAUCAGGACCUUCUGCGAGAGGGAGAAAAGGCCCAUCCCAUACGCCUAGACAACACAAGGACAGAGGAAUCGACUUCUACUUCUCCAAGAGCAGAAACAUGAAGAGCUCCAACGAUUUCGUCUGAAGAUUCUCAUUCAUCCAGGUCAUCUUAAGUCGCAAGAGAUGAGUUGCAGACAACUGGGCUCCUUUUUGUAGCUUGAAAACGUUACAUCUGUUUCUCUGAGAGACUUCUACAGAUAAAUUCAAGGUUCUCAUCCCCACAUACAUGUACAUCGGAAUUAGAACUGAGGAAAUCUGGUAGAAAAACAAACAUCAUGUCUUGAAACUCCCAAAUCUAGUUCAGUUGCCAAAGACGAAAUCCUUUUGCCAUCCCAUGAUUCGCUGCCAUGGACAACUGUUUGCAUUUGCAAAGGCAGAUUACACUUGAUAUGAAUGGGACACUACACACUGAAACGCCUUACUCAUGUUGUUAGAAACUGUAAAGAAUGAUUCACAGAAAGGUUAUUUAAUGCAUGUUGUAUUUUCUGGGUUGUAGUUUUUUUCUGGUUUGUCUGUUUAUGCAUUUUUGUCGUGUUUUUUUCCUUUCUACUAAGUCCUAUAUACCAAUAUACCUCGAACCUGUUGCUGUUAUAUUUUACAUUGUUUUAAAUUAAACGUUUUUAUGCUGAAGGGUGAA